AUGCUGAAAACGUCUUUAACCUGGCUUUUGAGACUUGAGGUAUAUGCUAUUAGGAACCACUUUAUUUUUAUGGUUGUAAGAUCUUUUGAAUUAUUUAUGAUACUGUGUUUUAAUGCGGUAACCUACCCUGGGACCUUAGGGUGAAGGAUGGGUAAAUCAAUCAUCAUCAUCAUCUAACUUAAUAUUGCAAAGAGAAUAUUACCAAUGCAUGGAUAAUUCUUAUAUUGGUCAGGUGGACCAAUGCUUCCAGACAAGGUAUUAUAUGCCCAUAUGUGAUGUGAAUUCCUGACAAGUGCAACAUUUUAGCACCUUGAUCUACCAUUUGCUUUUGUGUGUGACUGUGACUGGAAAUGGCAGCUUCUACUGUAAGAUCAAGGGCUCUAUUUCAGGUUGUUCUAUUUUGAUUUUUGUCCAAGCAGGUGGAUGUGCACAGAGGCUGAUGCAUCGUGACCGCUGCUGUGUUUACAUUCAGCGCGGAAGACGAUAAGCAUUCAGAGAGUGUACAGAGCUAGGGAUGGGGAAGAAAUCCAAUUGAGUUCAUAUUUAAAGGCAAAUCUACCUAAUUCACACUUUCUGAGGCAAUAUGUGAACCAAAACACAGCCAUCCUUCAAAAUUCAUACUUCUCCAACUUUUACAGUGCAGUUCUCCACCCUAGCACAGGGAGUUGGACUUGAUGGCUCUACAACUCUAUGAUUCUGAGUCAUGUGUAGGAAAAAAAAUACAUAUACUGGGGUAAACUCUUGUCUAAAAGUGCAUAUAUUGGUGAUAAUGCCAGGAUGCUGUCAGCGCCUCCCAUCUGGUUGCCCAGAAAAGUAUAAGGACAAGGAAAAGUUUCUUAUCAUCCUUUUUUAUUUCAUUCUUUACACAGACAGGCAAUAGAACCCAGCCUCUUGGAUAAUGGCAUUGUCCCGAGUGAAUCUCGACCCCACACCUCUCCCACUUUCUCAUUCAUCAUUCUCAUCGUCUCCUCUACGGGUGCUGCUACUUGCCCUCUGUCUUUGAGCUCUUUGCUCUCCUACCUUUAAGGUUCUCCGGGUUCUGGGAGAUGGAGGGUCUGGAACGACAACGUGUCAUCUGGGUGUUGUUUUGGCUGUCCCAUGAUUUCCCAGUUUCCCCCCUCGUUUGCCUCUGAGCUGUGACCUCCCGCAGACCACUGUUGUAAAUCUAUACUGUCUUCAUCUUCCUCCUUCCUGGAAGGGUCAGGAUAGGGAGGCAGUCUCCACCCUUCCUCCUCUGCCCGGUCCCUGACAAAUAGCAUAUGAAAAUUCAUUAUGUAUAGGAAAAUUUGCUGUGCAAAAAUGUGUAUUUUAGGGGCAAUUGUGUUUCUUGUUUUUAAAGCAAGCUGAUGUGGAAAUGUGAAGAACUGUGAACUUAAGGUUGAAGAAAACAGAAAUUGACAGAUUUGCUCAUCAUUAAUAGGUGCCUGGCAAUUUACCGUGAUUCCUAAUCUUUCGAAGGCCUCAGGCUUCUUUACCAGAUGUAUUAAUCAGAUUAGGAAGGGUAUAACAAUCAUAAUGUUUGAGAUACAGAUGAGGAUAAACCAAGUUAACAAGGAAAGAACUAAUCUUAAAUGGAAUGUAGAAAACACACCCUUGGUAGCUGAAAUGUCGAGUAUGGAUAUGGUACAUAAUCCCAACAUCUGCUGAAGUAUCAAAAUUUGACUGGUCCCAAGGGGACCCAGAUUUGAGAGCAAUUACAGGAAGUCUGGUCAUUACAUAUAAAUAUCUAUUUUAAUGUACUACUGAAUUACUCAGAAAAGAUUUUUAGCAUAAAUAUGAAAGUGCUUUAUCAACAAAAGAAAUCAAGGUACUAUUGCCCUUCACUGUGAGCAGAUUAUCUGCUUGGGAAGUAGAGGAACCUAAGAACGUUUCUUAAUUCCAUAACUAUAGAUGGGGAGGUCAUUUGUAACACCUAAGUGUUUUAACAAGAACACAUGAAAUUCCACUUAUUUCCCUUAAAAGCAAUAAUCUUGGCAGGUCGUUUCACAUGUUUACUGCCUUUUGUUUCAUUUUUUAAAAAUUAAAUUUAUAUCCCAUCCUUGAACAUGAAGGCUACCAGGGUAGUGCCUGGGAUCUGUGUAUAAAAUAUGUAAUACAAAGACCAUUAUGCAAUGAUAUAAAGCAGGUAUCCAAAACAAAAACGAUGGUUUGUAUCCAACUAAGUUCCACCCAGAGCAGCCCUAUUGAGGCCUAUGGACCUAGGCAAGCCGUGCCCAUCCAUUUCAGCAUUUGAUGUGCAAAAGUGAGAGCAGGAAAUGAAAUGAUUUUAACGAUGCUAAAUCAUUACCCAUUUCAGUGGCCCUAACCACUUUCUGUUUUCUUUGCAGAUUUUGGCAAUCAUUUCCAUCAUGUUCAUCGUCCUCUCUACAAUUGCCUUGUCACUCAACACUCUUCCUGAGCUCCAAGGCACAGAUGAAUAUGGAAAUUCCACCGAUAACCACCAGUUAGCCCAUGUCGAGGCUGUGUGCAUUGCAUGGUUUACAAUGGAAUACCUCUUACGGUUCCUCUCCUCUCCUAAGAAAUGGAAGUUUUUCAAAGGGCCGCUGAAUGCUAUCGACUUGUUAGCCAUCUUGCCAUACUACGUCACCAUCUUCCUCACAGAGUCAAACAAAAGUGUACUUCAGUUCCAGAACGUGCGGAGGGUCGUUCAGAUAUUCCGUAUCAUGAGGAUACUCCGAAUUCUCAAGCUAGCUCGGCAUUCCACCGGUUUGCAAUCCCUGGGAUUUACGCUGAGGAGAAGCUACAAUGAGCUUGGGUUGCUCAUUUUGUUUCUGGCCAUGGGGAUUAUGAUAUUUUCGAGCUUGGUGUUCUUUGCAGAAAAAGAUGAGGAGGAUACGAAAUUCAAGAGCAUCCCAGCAUCCUUCUGGUGGGCAACCAUAACUAUGACAACCGUUGGCUAUGGAGACAUCUACCCUAAAACACUCUUAGGUAAGAUCGUCGGUGGCUUGUGUUGCAUUGCUGGUGUCUUAGUCAUUGCGCUCCCUAUACCAAUCAUUGUAAAUAACUUCUCUGAGUUCUACAAAGAGCAGAAGAGGCAGGAAAAAGCCAUCAAGCGCAGAGAAGCUCUUGAAAGAGCAAAAAGAAAUGGGAGCAUUGUGUCCAUGAAUAUGAAGGAUGCUUUUGCCCGUAGUAUAGAACUGAUGGACAUAGUCGUUGAAAAAAAGGGAGAAAAUGCAGGCAAAAAGGAUAAAAUUCAGGACAAUCACUUAUCCCCAAGCAAGUGGAAAUGGGCCAAGAGAUCUCUCUCUGAAACUAGCUCCAACAAAUCUUUAGAGACAAAGGAACAAGGGUCGCCAGAAAAGGCUCGUUCAUCUUCCAGUCCUCAGCAUCUGAAUGUUCAACAGCUGGAAGACAUGUACAGCAAAAUGGCGAAAGCUCAGUCCCAGCCCAACCUCAACAUGAAGGAGUCAGGUCAACCCAACAAGCAAAAGGAAGAAUUAGAAAUGGAAGCUAUUCCUGGCCCUAUGGUCCCUUUGCUGACCACUCGGGCAGAUGGAAUAAUUGACAUGAGGAGCAUGUCAAGUAUUGACAGUUAUAUAAGCUGUGCUACAGAAUUUCCCGACUCCGGGAGAUAUUCCCAUAGCCCAUUAACUACGCUGCCUAACAAAGGUGGGAUAAAUCCACUUCAGGAUCCAUAUAGGCCAGAGGGAAGCGGGUCCAAAUUCAUGGAGAUAAAACCAAAUCUAGAAAGCAGUCGUUGCUCUACAUUUUUCAUAGAGAGCCCCAAAAGUACCAUAAAAGUCACCAAUCCUCUAAAAUUAAGAUCCCUGAAGGUUAACUUUAUGGAAGAGGAUGCCAUAGGACCAACAGCAUCAAACGUCCUGAGAAUAUACCCAGAUCCCCUCAAGAGCAAAGGAGCAACAGGAGCAGCUACAGACAGUUCUGGCCACUCUGAUCGGUCUUUAAUGAGUCCAGAAACCUCUAUCUAUACUACUGCAAGUACUCGAACACCCACAAAAUCCCCCGAGAAGCAGGCAGCAAUAGUUUUCAACUUCCACGAUGCUGGGAUACAUAAAUAUAUCGACGCCGACACUGAUGACGAAGGUCAGUUGCUGUACGACUCAAGCCCUCCCAAAGCCCCACCAGGAAACCCAGCUCCCAAAUACAGCAUUACACAUGGUGGCUAUUUAAGGCAAAGGGAUAGUGUUUAUAGAACAGAGAAGAACCACUUAGAGACUGCUGCUUUACCCUCCUCACCCAAGCUAAUUGGGCAAAAUUGCCUUUAUUCCAUGGAAAGUAUCACUGGAAGAACCCGUGGUAACCAGGAAACUAUCAAAUUAGAGAACCACAUUUCACCCGAAGUUCACAUAUUACCGGGUGGAGGAGGACAUGGUAACACACAUGAUCAAAAGAUCUGACAUGUAACCCAGAACUUUUGGUGAAAGCUGAAAAGGAAUGCCUUUACACUCAACACGCGAAGAAGAGCUUCUGCAUGGCAUGAACUUUUGACUGAAACAAGCCACCUGUUUUUUAAAAGCAAGAGGAUGCCCUCAAGGUGGGCUCAGGAAUAAGUCCUUCUCUGGAUCCACUACAAAGUUACUGGCCACAGCCAUCAACUGAAACAAAGAUUGUGCAUCUUGGUCAUAAUUUGAUCUCCUUUCGACUUCCUUCAUUGAAGUUAGUGUGACCAAAUAUUCCAUUCACUUCCCCCCCUUCUUUGAUGGAUCUCUUAUAUGUGGCAGUAUCAGCACCCGACACUGCAGUACCCCUUUAAAGGAGACCAAGGUGGCCAGAGUCAAAUACUGGAAGAAAUGGUUAGGUGUGGUAAGAAUAAUCAGUGAUGCAACACUUUUUGCAUGAGGGCAACUGUUUCAAACAUCCCCAGCUAUGCCUUCUUCUCUGAGGGAUACGAGGUCUAAAGGUAACAGAAUGGGCUGGUUAAAUUGCGGAUUCAGUGAAUUGAGAAAUAAACUGUUUAAAUUCUCUGUGUGUGCUUAAUACUUCAAGAUUCAUUGAGACCUGAAGUUUUCUUUAUAAAAAAGGUAACAGCAGGGUGAGUUGCACCACUUGUAUCUAAAUCCAAAACACCCCUUCAAAAUUAUAGCUAAGAAUAGCACUUAUUACUGCUCAUAGUAACACCAAAACAGAGAUCAGGCAAGCAGUUUUUAAACUGAGAUUAGAAAGGCAGUUUUCAAACUGAAAAGACAAUGGGAAUGGAUGUGUGAAGGAAGCAUUGUUCUGCUCUUAUGGGUGAGAGGGUUUGGUUGGUAUUCUUAGAAGGGAGCAACCAAGAUGUAGCUGACCCUUUUGUGUGUUGGGGGAAGGCUACUACCCAAAACCACAGCCAUAAUGUAAACGAAAGGACAGUGCAACCCCUGGAGAUUCUGACCAAAGAAUUAAGCUGGGAGUCCAUACUGGCAUUAUGAUCAUCUCCAGCACAAAAGGGGCUAAAGUUAAUAGUAUGAAAAGGCAUUAAAUGUCGGCUCCCUGAAUUAUUUGCACAUCCUUUCAUGGCUUACACCUAAUCUGUUAUCCAUGCCAGAAGAAUCUUUCUGCCACAUUUUGCACUUAAAUAGCGCAGAAUGAAAAGAUAUGCAAGUUUUAAAAACAUAAAUAUGCAAAAAUAGUAACAACAAUCCUAAGCAAUUAGUCUGAUCCUCCUCUCAUUUGGACUGGUUGUGAAUCAUAAGAGGCUCCCACUGGAGUUUCACAGGUGUGGUGUAAAUGAGAAGAGAAUCAAGUUUCAAAUAUUUUGUUUUUAAACUGGCCGUUUUAAAGAAAACCAUAAAUACCAGCUUGGAUUUAUAAGGUAGGCUGGUAUAUUAAAUCUUGUAUCAUUUAGGUUUGCUGAUAUCAAAAGCACUUUAUGUUGAUUUUAUUAUUGCGUUUGACAAAGGUGGCGUAGAGAAGCAGAGAGAAUGUAUUUUUUUAAAUAAAAAACAAACAAACAACCUAGCACUUUAAAACAAGCACUAUCUUGAUUUGUGCCUCGUCACAUCUGUGAUUUGUUACCCACCUGGUAACGAACUGCGAUAACUGUGAUGAUAACACUUAAUGUUGUGUCCAUUGUUGCUGUAGUAUAUGUGUCAUUGAAAGUUUGAUUUCUCUUUCAGGGUACACGGUACUCUGAUGUGGACUCAAAGUCUAGUAUAAGAGGUGGGCAGUUGAAGAAGAAACGUUAGGUCACUGCCUUCCCCCCAAUAAACACAUGUGAAAUAGACAUGAACUAAACUUUGGAGCAAGUUGGUAAAAGUAGUAUAGAGAAAUGUCAUGUUCUUGUUUUCCUCCUACAAUAAUAAUAUGGGUUUUGUUCAGUUUUUCUAGGAAGAUACCAAAAUAUUGCAUAUGGGCUAUGUACAAUAUUUUCACUGGCCAUAUUCAAGGACUGAGGUUUAAAAACCUGGGAACAGUGAAGUUUUUUGGCCAGUACAUCAAAUUAAGGUUGCUUCCAGCUGGGUGUUUAUUAUGGGAUAGGUGCUCCUCAUGCAUGCAGAUUUUUCGCAGCAUCCACAUUACAUUGCUGGCAUCAAAAUGCUGGCCUGUAUUCUCUCCUGCCCCAGUAUCAUCUGGAUUUAGCAUUCCCCGGGCGAAACCCAAAACGUUUAAAAAAAACACCUGUUGUCAGUGACCUGUGUGCAGUAUCUGAAUGGCCCAUUUACAAUAUUAAGCCUCCAUUUGGAAGCACAGUAACCUUUUUAGACAUGGGUGUUUUAUCAGUGAAGUGCAUUGCACCUACGGUGGUGCAUAAACCACCUGCAUGCUACAGGCCUCGAGGCUCAAUUUUUCUGAAACGAAAAGCUUUCAGUAAUAUAUUGCACCCUUGAAAAAGACUACCCCACUAUCUGGAUAUACAUGUUUUGUCAAACAGUUAUGUUUCCGGUGUCAUAUAGUCGUUGGUUGGUCAUGACUGUCAUUCUUGUCCAUUCAAGCUGUACUGUACUCCUGCCUCUAAUGCACACAGCGUGGAUGGACAAAAGCAAUAAGCGCAUUGGGGUUGUCAUGAUCGCUUUGUUAAGUUAGACCUCUGGCUGGCACAAUAUUAUAUGUAGGUAUGGAGAUGUUGCACAUUGGCUGAAUUAUUCAGUAAUCCAGUACUGUUGGGAUUACUGAAUAAUUUCCCAAUAUUUCCAGAGAGGCCUUAUGGUUACGCUAUUGUCCUAUUCACUCACAUGCGCAUAAGACAGAUCAAGAUAUGGAUAAGCUCAAAUUGUGUACAGUUUAGGCCAGUAAAAGUCGGAUAAGCUCCUUUCCGUGCAAGAAGUCGCACAGUCAGCAGCCAAAAACGCACCUCUAUAUUCAAAAGUCUCAACAGAAUAGCAUAUUUGAAAAGAACACCCCCUGCCCCAUGUUAGAAGUCCGUCUUUGUUCAUUCAAAACUUGCAUUAAGGAUGAGCCUCGCAGUAAUUCAUAAAAUGUACUUAGGAGAGUUAAGUUGUAACAAUCAAAUAAUUAUUAGGAACUAAUGAUACAGCAAAUGAGCUUUAAGCAUAUUAUUGCAGUGAUCCAUUCUUAAUUAAACUGACUAUUAAGUGAGUUCCAUUGAACUCGGGAAGCUUCCUUCAUGUUUAGGGCUAGACUCUGGGAAAGAUUAUUUUAGAGAUGAAAACCAAUUGCUACGGAAAACUCCCAUGUAUUUUAAGUGGGGGGGUGUUAAAUAGUUUCAACACUGGGAUUGACAGGGAGGCAAGAGCUAGACUGCUUAUGUGCUUAAGCAAAGGCAAGUGAAUUAGGUCAUUUGCAAGUCAAACCCCUAAAUUGUUUGUGUUAAAAGUCUGUCAUGUCCAUUAUCAGCACAAAUGUUUUAAAUAAAAACAAAUUCAGGGAAAAAUUACUUUUUGAUAUAUAAAAAGUAUACAAUGGUGAUUUCCACAUUGCAUAUUUUAGAGCUGAUUCUUUCAUGUAAAAAGUUUUCAGAGGAAUUGUAUUUUUCAUAUCCGAAAGCAAAUGCGUUUGACUAUAGCCAUAUAGAGAAAGUAUUUAACAAAUCGCUAUUGGAAAUGAGACAUUUGAGUUCCUAGAUGACAGUCACAAGAAUCGUGGCGUUUAAAAAACAAACCUGGAAUAUCAACUGGUGCAACUCUCCUUGUAACCAAAGGCCCUGUUAUUGCCUUGCGUGGACGUAGUGUGACACAAAACUAUCAUUCAUCUAGCGCAAACUUCUCAAGUAGCAUGUUACCGGGUCACUUUUGACAGCUUUGUUCAAAAGUAUCAUAAAGUAUCUAUCCUUUGAGUGUGAACCGCCAAAGUCCUAUAGAUUUCUUAUAGAAAGAGAAUAAUUAAAGAUGGGCAUACACUAUGCUCAAAAACAUUUCUUUCUUCUGUUUGUGAAAGUGUUAUUCUAGCUCACAUUUUGUGCCCCACAAAAAACAAACAAACAUGGAUCUCUGGGGCAAACCGCACUGCUGUGAAUGGGUUCUACACAAAACCAUAGCAAUGGUCCUGUAUCUUCUGUUCAUUUCAGUGCAGCUUGCGCCAGAGAACCUAGGAUUGUGUCCUAUGAUUAAUUUAAAUUAAAUGAUGCCUGACAAUGAACUGCUUUGUACAAACUAAGUAUAGAUGUAUGAGCACUGGGAAAUCUACUCUGAACUUUAGAAAAGCAUUUGGAAUGAAAGCAAAAAUCCAAAAGAAUUGGGGAAGGGUCUGCACUCAUCACAAAAGGGGAAAGUAGUGGGGUGUUUUUUUAGGGGGACCACAGUUCAGAAAUCCAUAAAGUAUUGAAAAUAACGCCUCUGUACAAUUUGCUUGUUUGUUAGAUGCAUAGCUGGCCCUUUCACUAGCUGAAGUUGCCAAGAGGAGGUAGAAUGAGCAAACACUCUGUGUGGUAAACCAGUUGCUGUGGCCCUACAGUAAAACAGACAAGCAGGAGUCCCAUUUGAUGUGUCUCUUGACGGGCUGUCCCAAUUCAGACUGCUGAAGAGAGAAUGAAAUCUUUUAAAUUUCACUCUGUGGAAACACACACAUCCAAAACACCGAUUGCCUGAAAUAGGCACGGCCAGCUUCAGGUUUGAAGGGGCCUGGGACAAAGCACCCUUAGGUGAGCUCCCUCCUCUGUCAUUGGGCUCUGCUGGUCUUCCCUCGUGGCAGCAAUCAGAGCAGCACCAGGUAGCUGUUGCCCAGCCGCCAUUUUGGUUUCCCACAAUGCCUUCAACACAGCACACUGCACUGAGGCAUGGUGGAAAAUAAGUAUGGUAUCUAGACUAACUGCCGGGUCUUCGCUUAAAAUGCUGGGCCAAAAAAAUAUUAAAGGAGGGUCAGGGCAGGCAACAGGCAGGGCUGGAGGCCCAGGAGCUGCCCAGGGGUACUGGGUGCCCCGGAAAUGGUACUGCCCAGCAGAACUUGUUUUCUCGUUAAAUCUUUUUUUCUAAAAGAUACAGAGAUGCAUGAGAGAAAAAAGAGAAUCCAGCAAACAAUAAUGAGCAUACGAGAUGAGAGAAAGUGGAGUGUAGGUAUCUACUUUGGAGAUAGACCAUUUGCUGGGAUGGUGAGAAAAAAAAUUUCCAGAGCAAUAGCUCCUAAACUAACCAUAGUUAAAUGGUCCUCUUGACCCAAUAAACUUUAUUGGCAGGAAGUAUUCGCUCGGCAUUUUAUCAUCAGCACUUUCCUUUUUUUAAAUCUUUGCCUAUGUGCUAUGCACCAUGCAAAUAAACAAACAUAUUACAGGGCAGAAUUCGCCUAACAAGUCCCAUGAGCGGACACUCUGCUCAAGGACUUCCAUUUGUGCAACAGUGGUUUCCUCUCUCUCCUCCCCCCAAAAUUGGCCCGGGUGGGUCAGGAGAACCCCCAGAAAUGGUGCAUAGAACUGUGUGCUGGGGGAGGAGAGGGAAAUCAUGCCAUCUGAUAAACCUUGUACCUGCCUCCAUCUUUGUUUGCCUGCCCCAUGAUGGACAGCAAAUGGGUUGAAAAGAACGAGUGCAGACCUUGCACUUAGCUGAGGGGCAACGAUUCCCUCAGCUGCUAGCUUGCUUCUUCUUUUUUCCUUUAGCAAGGAAAAAAAAUAGCCGUAUUUGUGAUUAUGGUAGAUUUCUCAGUGCCUUUUUUCAUAGAAACGUCACCUAAGCACACUUCAGGAACAUGAAGAGCAUUGUCCUGUCCUAUGGGUGGUCCACAUUUUAUGAAAUUCUUGAGAAUCAAUGAUUGCAAAAGAAGAAAAAGAUGACCCGCAGGAUGCGUAUUUCUUCCCCGAACAGACUGUAUGGCAAAAGGCCUGAGGAAUUUUCCCCCCUGCGUAUAUCACGUUGCAUCCAAAUCAGUGUGACGUGUUACCUUAGCAACUAUGGCUAUCAUAAACUGUAGCCUUCCCUUCCCUUUGCAGCUAAUAAGGUACAAGAUUUUUAAGCAAAACAGUAUUCUCUUCUGUAAAAAAAAAAGACUGCAAUGUAUUGAUAAUAUUUGUACCUAUCCUAUAUUUAUGUCUUGACAGAAUGACGACUGGUACUAACUUGUGAUUCGUAUACCAGGGGUAUUUCAAGCUCAUGUGGAGGUUACUAAAGCCGCAUUCUCUCGACUGAUACAUUCCACAUGACAUUUGGUAGAUCAGAACACUCUUCCAAAGCACCCAUGCUAUGCCAUUGGUACAAUCGCCACACAAAGCAACAAUAGCAGUGGGUAUUCUGUGGCAUGGCUAAAACACUAAUGUAUGUGAACGUGGAUUCGCACAGCCUGUUCACAUGGUGGGCUUAUUGUAUGUCAAGCUUUGCUCCACUAUGGGAGUGCUAAAUCUGAGGCACUCUUACUUGCUUCCACAGCUGCCAGCUCCCCAAUGCGUUCCAACAGGCAACCGGACAAAAAUCCAGCUAUCAGCAUUUACGGGAGAAAAUUAACAUGUCCCUCCUGCAUCGUGAUGAUGAGGGAUGCUGCAGCUGUGGACGUCCUCUUCCCCUAUCUCACUACUUAG